UUCCUAAGAAGUGCUGAUUUGUUUAUCAGCGGUGUAUCAGAGAGUUGUCCCUACAUGGUAAACCUCUGUGUCCUCAGCUCCACCUGUCAGAAGGUGUGGCCAAUCAGCUUCCUUUAAAAAUGACUGCUUCUGUCCUGUCAGGCUCAGAGAUCAGGGGCUUCCUCCGAGACUCAACAACCUGCAGACUGUCGUCAGAGACCGCCAUCACAUCCAGCAACCAUCCAGCCAGCCGACCAAUCACAGCAGGCAGACGUUUCUGGUCCAGUGUCCAGCUCUCUGAGCCUCUCUUCAGUCAUGGCGUUCCCUCGGCUGUCUGCCUCCAUGCUGUUGGCUUCAUUGAUCCUUCUUCUCUACUGGACGACAUCUUCAGCUCAGUCACAUGACCCCACAUCCUCCAUUGUCUCACCCCCCUACAGGGUGAAGAGAGACCAGCCUUUUGAAAACAGAGAGAAAGUGGAUAAAUCUUUGGCAGUGGGAAACAGCUUCCUCACUGUUGUCAAAGACAUUUUUGAAAUGAUUGAAAAGACUAAAACCAAAGAGUUGACAGGUGUGAUGAAGAGUCUCGCCAACGUCGCCAAAUUGGCGCCUGGCGUUGGAGGUCUGGUCGCCUCUGUUGUCAACAUGGUCUUGAUCUUCAUCCCUCAGGAUGACCCGGUGCUGAACGAGGUGAAGAAAGGGUUUGAAGAAGUGAACAGAAAGCUGGACUUGCUCUCCAUCCAGAUCUCCAACCUGGCAACAGACGUUGAAUGGUUUAACUACGCCAGCGUCUACUCUCAAGACGAGCUCCGCAUCCUCAACACCUGGAAGAAGUUCAAUGAACUUCUUCAGAAGAGUCAGUUGGUACAAAAUGAAGAGCAGAAACUCCGACUGGCAGAGAUAUUUGUCAACUACUAUGAGAACACAGGAACUGAGGCCAGUGUGGCCAACCUCUACCAUUACCUGACGGUCAAAGACACAUCUCUCAGUGGAAACCUCAACGAACUGCUGAGGAAGAAGUUUAAAUGUGACUUUCAAGAGAUCGGCAAAUAUAACGUCUAUUUCAGUCGUUUGAUGUGGCAGGGGAUGGUGCUGAACCAGUUCUACUGGAAACUGAUCGGGUUGGAUUCAUCAGGUAUAGAAGCCAAACACACCCAGAUGUUCAAGAACGUCUAUGAGGCUCAGAAAUCAGCUCUGGACUACUGCCUGGACAACCACAUGCAGUAUGUGAAGGAAGAUGUGAAGGAGAUCAGGAAAGGACUCAGUGCUGACAACAAACAAGCCAUCGCUGAUAAGGUGAAAAACGCUCUAGAUAAGAAGUACAACUGGUACAACUGGGUGGUGCUGGUGUACAACACAGACCAGGCGCAUAAUUACAUACUAUAUGAUCUGACUAAGAUUAUAGAGCACACGAUCACCGUCGCCGUGGGAUACACUCUGAAAACAGAUAGAACGUAUGAUGACUUUAGAAGAGCAGCUAAUAAAUGCUUUGAAUCAAGUAAACCAUGUAAAAGUAGCAUAGCACAAACCUGUAUGUAUACUGCUAAAGUGCCACCACAAGGACGACCACGUGGCAGUAAGGAAGUGAAACCUGUUCCCUUUGGAGAUAUUGUUAAAGUGACACAUGCUGCCUCGGGGGAAAAGUUUGCCGUGGCUCCUGCACCCUUUCACCAAAAUAAAUGUUUUUGGUAUAGCCAAUAUUAUGGACAGAUUUCCAUCUAUCAAUCUGUGAAGGAGUCUGUCUGCCAAAGUGGAACAUGUAGCUACAGAGGAACGUGCAAGCGGCUGCUGGACUCCAAUGAAUGGAUGUGUGACUGUCCAGAUGGUUACUAUGGUGAGAGAUGUGAAAAGAUAACCCCCAUUGGCAACGCUACAGUGGUCGAUAUACCAGUUGUUCCUGAUAUCAGCACCAUUGACACCAAAAUGAAAAUGAUGGAGGUCAAACUGGAAAACAAACUGAAGAAGAUUCUCAACAUCCUCAACAACAAAUGUCGUGGCUAGUAGGAGAUAUCUGCAGACUGCUGACAGACGACAGGAACGAUGACUUACUGCCAACGGACAAACUGAACACACAUCAACUGACUGAGCAUCUGAGAACGGCACCAUGAAGGAAGAACAAGUAAACAAUGCUCAUUAAAGACUAAAUUAUGUUUAGGCAACAACUCUAGUCUGUAAACCUUCAUCCCAACGGUGAAGCAUGUCGGUGUCAGAGAUGAGUAGUUUCUUUAGAAAGCUGGAGGAUGAUGUGUUGAUCUGUUGUUCUGUCCUCAUUUCCCUGAAUGUCUCCAGCUGAUGUCAGCACGACCCAAACACUCACUAUACUAUACUAUAUAAUAUGUACUAUAUACUAUACUAUUCACUAUACAGGAAAUACACCAUUAUUAAACAUAAUAAUCUGAAUAUUAAAGUCCCAUUUUAAUCUGACUACAAAGUUUAUUUUAGUUUUAAACCAUCAACUAAGUUGUUUAUUUUGAUUCAUUAAAAGCUUGAAGUUGCUGCAGUCUGUUCCAGCUCAGUGUAACUCUGUUGUUCUUGAUCCGACCACCAGAUGGAGAUAAUGUGACAAGAAACUAAUAAAAGAUGUACUGCAUUUCAUUGUCUUUGUACUUGUACUCUGCACAAUGACAAUAAAGUUGAAUCUAAUCUAAUCAAAUAAAAGAAUU